AUGUGGCGUUCAGAGCAAGGCAACAACCACCAUGGAAGCACUAACAACAGGGUGGCGUCCUCCUCCUCUUCCUCCUCAUCGUCAUCAAGAUCCUCACCUUCGUCGACCACCUCCAGUCUCCUCCCACAGGCACCAAAGAGGAGGACCAUGGAGGAGGUUUGGAAGGACAUCGGUCUCCGCAGCCUCCACCACCAGGAAAGGCUCCUCACACCUCUGAACCACCAGCGCCACUCUCCCACCGCCUCACCCUCCUUCAGGGCCAUCAUCCUUCAGGACUUCCUUGCAGGACCCAUGAAUAGGCCUCAUGCCGCCGCCAAGAACUUGCCGCUGCCGCCCUCCACCAUGCCCCCUACUGCCCUCAGCUUGAGCCCUCGUCUGGAAAUCCAGCUCAUGGGGUCCGAUGCCCAUGGCAACUCCAACUCCAGCUCCAACGGCUGCCGCGCCUCCUUCAUCUCCCCUGCUUUCUCCGACAACAUGGUCCGCCCGCCCUCGCCCAUCGGCCUCUUCUCCUUCUGCUCCAAGGAGGCGAUGUCGGAGGACCCCGCUGCUUGCGGCGACCUCCGGCACAAGCGCAUGAUCAAGAACCGGGAGUCCGCUGCCCGAUCGCGCGCGAGGAAACAGGCAUCUCCUCCAAUCCUUCUCUCCGUUUGCUUAAAAUGUCUUGGCUCCUGGCUUCUCACUGUACCACGAGCUUUCCAACUUGAUCACAGGCUUAUAUCAAUGAGCUGGAGCUGGAGGUUGCUCGACUGUUGGAGGAGCAAUCCAGCCUACAGAAAGAACUCGACGAGGUGA